AUGGAAACUAUUACGCGCACCAACGAAGAGGAUCUAAACAAAGCCUUUUUUGAACAGACCAGCCUACGUGCUAUGAUUAAAUCUAUGUCUGAAAAAGAACGCAUAGCACUUGAAGAAAGAAACGCUUCUUUAGAGGCUCAGAAGAUCGCUGAGCAAAGCAAGCGUCAGGCUUGGGAAGAGGUUGCCUGGCUGCGUGCCGACUUAAGCACUGCCCUAAAUAUGCCGAACACCUGUUCAAAUCCUCCCCUAGUCAUGAUUCCAUCAAAAGGCAGCUCAGAGGAUACACACUGUCGUGAGGUUAGUUUAAAGCUAUAUAUAUUUAAAUUUAAGGAUCAUAAUAUAGUGUGGAUUAGGUGUCUGCCUAAAUGUAUAUUUACUAGAUUUAUUGUAAACUAG